AAUAGUAAUAAAGCGAAAUGUUUAUUUGAUGUACAUUUAAUGGUACAUACUUUAUGUAGUGACAUUCUAUCACCGUUGACACACGCGCAAGGCUUGAAUACCAAACUUGGACAAAAUAUUCACUUUUAAUAUUUUCAUGCGAUGGCUCGUAAACGUACUGCUACAACUGAAUUAAAUCACGAAAAUUGGGAUCAAGAAGAUGAACCUGAAGAACCAGGAACAUUUGCAGUAGCGCCACAAGAAAUUUUAGAAAAGCGAGUCGUAAAAACAGCCAGACGACGAUUACCAGCUGGCGAAGAGGGAGCUCAAAAAAGCGUAUUUAAAGGAUUUUCCGGUUUUAAAGUAUCAUCAGCUCCAGCAACAUCAGCAUUUAGUUUUUUAAAAUCGAAUACUUCAUCAUCAGCGUCAACACCAACUUCAAGCAUAUUUUCAAACAUAAUUACUACAAGCAACGGAGCCGCCAAAACUUCAGGGAAUGGAAUGACAGGAGAAAUGAAGUCAACUGAUACCUCUGUUUCAAUUAAUCAAAAUAAACCGUCAACAGAACUUAAAACAACAGAUAUGUCUGAAGAAAAUAAAGAAAAAAUAUUUGAAACUUCAUCAGAAUACUUUUCAAAAUUAAAAGGAUUAAAUGAAAGUGUAACUGAAUGGAUAAAAACUCAUGUUAGCUCAAACCCAUUCUGUAUUUUGACUCCAAUUUUUCGUGAUUAUGAAAGAUAUUUAAAAGAAAUCGAAUCUCAAUAUGGACAAGAUAAAUCUGCAACUUCAUCAACAACUAAUGUAGAUAAAGUAGAAGAAUCAAAAAAUUCGACAAUCACUCCUUCAGUAAAGCCAUUAUCUUCCUCAGAGACAAUCAAGAAAUCUCCAACUUCUAACAAUGCAACAUCAUUACCAUCAAUUUUCAGUAAUACAAACAAAAAUAUUUUUCAAGGAAUUUCAGCAAGCGGAGAAGACAAUCCUUUUCUAAAAUCAAAUCCGGUUGAUCGUACACAAAAAUCAGAAGAAAAUAAAACGGAGAGCAAAUCUUUAACGUUUCCCCAAACGAGUGGAACAACUGCACCAACAUUUAGUUUUGGUUCUAAUUCUUAUACAAGUUCUUCAGCUGGUUUUUGUUUUGCUAGAGGAACAGUUAUGUUUGGUAAUAGUGCAACAGCACAAGAAUCAGAAGCUUCAAAGGGAGAUAGUGAAGAUAAAGAUGAAGAUGACGAGCCACCUAAGGUAGAAAUUAAACCGAUAACUGAGGAAGGUGCGGUAUACGAAAAACGAUGCAAAGUAUUCUUUAAAAAAGAUCAAGGUUUCAGUGAUAGAGGGAUUGGAGUUUUAUUUUUAAAACCAACUCCAACAGGAAAAACUCAAUUAAUUGUUCGCGCUGAAACUUCUUUAGGUAAUCUACUAAUAAACACUCUUUUAACUGAGUCAGUACCUACAAAACGAGCUAAUAAAAAUACUGUUAUGAUAAUGUGCUUACCUCUCCCUGACUCAGAACCUCCACCAACUUCAAUAUUCUUAAGAGUUAAAUCUAGUGAAGAUGCAGACAGCUUACUUGAAGCUUUAGAAAAAAAUAAAAAAUAAUAAGUAAUAAGUUAAUUGUAUAAAAAAAUUAUACUCUUAUCGAUAAAUAAUGAAUCGGUACCUACAAUUUAUUGUUCGAAACCAUAAACAAAAGAUAAAUAAAGAAAUUUUUUGUGAAUGAAAAGUUGAUUAGAUUUUAUGCAACAUUCAAUAAUUCUGAUUGAUUAUUGAAAGGUAUACAUUUAUAUAAAAAAUAAACACUUAUACAGCAAAAUAAAUUCAAUUAUAUUAUAUUUCAAUGAAAAAUAGGUAAUUUUACAAUUGUAAGUCUUGACAUAUUUUGUAAGACUUUUCAUGAGUGAAAAGAUGUGUAAUAAAGUAAAUUAACUGUCAAGUUACUUAUGUAAAUAGACCUUAAGAAUAAUGCAUAAUUAAUAGAAUAAGCGAACUUAAAUAAUGAUAAUAAUAUGUAUUUCACUAUACUUUGAUAAUUAAACGUCAAUAAAAUGUGUUAAUCAAUCUACACUAUUGAAUAA